UCAUCCGAUCCAUCAACCCAUCACCAUAACGCACAUACACGCCGCCCCCGCCGUCGUCUCGACGAGGGUCUCGUCAUGCAAGGGGCCGUGUUGGUGGCCAUCGCGGCUGCCAUCGGCAACCUCUUGCAGGGGUUGGACAACGCGGCCAUCGCCGCCGCGGUGCUCUACAUCAAGCGCGAGUUCCACCUGGAGACAGAUCCAGCACUCGAGGGCGUCGUGGUUGCCACCUCCCUCUUCGGGGCAACGAUCGUCACCAUCUUCUCCGGCCCCGUCUCCGACGUCAUCGGUCGCCGCCCGAUGCUCAUCGUGUCCUCGCUGCUCUACUUCGCCGGCGGGCUCCUCAUGCUAUGGUCCCCGAGUGUGCCGGUGCUCCUCGUGGCGCGCCUUGUGGACGGCUUCGGCGUCGGGCUCGCCGUCACGCUCGUCCCCGUCUACAUCUCCGAGACGGCGCCCCCUGAAAUCCGGGGUUUCCUCAACACACUGCCGCAGUUAACGGGAUCCUUGGGCAUGUUCCUUUCCUAUUGCAUGAUCUUCUACAUGACGCUGGGCGAUAGCCCCAGUUGGCGGUUCAUGCUCGGCGUCCUCUCCGUGCCCUCCCUCGCCUACCUCGCGCUCACCGUGCUCUACCUCCCCGAGUCGCCGCGCUGGCUCGUCAGCAAGGGCCGGAUGAAGGAGGCCAGGGCCAUUCUCCAGAUGUUGCGCGGCAGGGAGGACGUGUCUGGCGAGAUGGCGCUCCUCGUCGAGGGCCUCGGCAGCAGCGACGACACCGUCAUCGAGGAGUACGUGUUGGGCCCGGCGGCAGCCGGGGACGAGUCGGAGCACGAGACCAGGGACCAGGUCACGCUGUAUGGGCCCGAGCAGGGGCUGUCGUGGGUGGCGCAGCAGGUGCAGGGCGCGCGCAGCAGCGUGCUCGGCAGCGCCGUCGGGCUCGCGUCGCGCCAGGGGAGCAUGUACGAGCAGAUGAAGGACCCCGUGGUGACGCUGCUGGGGAGCGUCCACGACAAGAUGCCCGACUCUGGCGCCAGUGCCAGGGCCAGCACGCUCUUCCCCAACCUCGGCAGCAUGCUCAGCGUGACGGAGCGGCACGGUGGCGACUGGGACGAGGAGAACGUGCCGCCCAACGACGACCUCGACGACGAUGAGGACGAGGAGGAGUACCUCUCCGACGAUGAGGACGCUGGCGCCGGAGCAGCAGCACGAGGAGGGGGAGGAGGAGGAGGCGCGCUGCACGCGCCGCUGCUGUCGAGGCAGAGCACGGACGUUGACGUCACCAGCGGCACGAGCAAGAAGGACGGCAGCCACCCGCCUGAGAGCAGCCCCAUGCAGAGGUACAGCAGCAUUACCAGCGGGGAGGCCGCGAGCACCAUGGGCAUCGGCGGUGGCUGGCAGCUGGCGUGGAAGUGGACAGAGAUGGUCGGGGCCGACGGCGUGAGACGCGGUGGCGUCAAGAGGAUGUACCUACAUGAGGAAGGCGGCGGCGAUGGGGACUCAUCGGACCCGGCAGGGGGUUACGUGCACGCGGCGGCGCUGGUGAGCCCGUCCAUCCUCUACACCAAGGACGUGCUCAUCGGGCAGAGCCCGACCCCGGCGUUCGACAGCCCGCCGCCGGAGACGGUGGCCAACAAGGCAGGCGGGGGGCCCUGUUGGAGAGAGCUCCUGGAGCCGGGUGUCAGGCGCGCGCUCUUCUGUGGCGUCAUGAUUCAGAUCCUGCAGCAGUUGUCUGGCAUCAAUGGUGUGAUGUACUACACGCCCCAGAUCCUUGACCAGGCCGGUGUGAGCGUCCUGCUCUCUAGCCUGGGCCUUAGCGCCGACUCCGCGUCCAUCCUCCUCAGCGGCGUCACCAUGCUGAUGAUGCUCCCUUGCAUCGUCGUGGCCAUGCGCCUCAUGGACGUGGCCGGCCGGCGCUCGCUGCUGCUGCGGACCAUCCCGGUGCUGAUCGUGUCGCUGGCGGUGCUGGUGCUGGCGAACGUGGUGCCCAUGGCGGCCAAGGUGCACGCGCUGCUUUCAACGGCCUGCGUGGUCGUGUACUUCUGCUGCUUCGUCAUGGGGUUCGGGCCCAUCCCCAACAUCCUAUGCGCGGAGAUCUUCCCCACGCGUGUCAGGGGGAUCUGCAUCGCCGUGUGCUCCCUCACCUUCUGGAUCUGCGACAUCAUCGUCACCAACUCUCUCCCUGUGAUGCUCAGAACCAUCGGCCUCGCGGGUGUAUUUGGCUCCUACGCCUUCGUCUGCUGCUUGUCGCUCGUCUUCGUGUACCUCAGGGUGCCCGAGACCAAGGGGUUCCCGCUCGAGGUCAUAAUCGAGUUCUUCAACGUGGGUGCCAAAGCUCAGAAGCCGGAGCAGCAUGAAGAGGAGGAGAACCACGACUAACCCGUAUAUAUUUGGAUUCAUUAAUAAUAACUGUUUUUUCUUUCUUUCUUUCUUUCUUUCUUUCUUUCUGGAUUAUGAGUUGAAUGAAUGAUGUCGAUCAGAGAGCUUGAUGACCAUCAUGUUAGCGAUCC